AACCGUCUCCAUCUCUCAUUCAAAACAAAUAAACGUGCUCGCAUCGGAAUCGCAGUCGGUGCCGUGGAAAAUAGUGCGUCGCCAUCAGGAAAAUACAAUUUUCUUUCGUUUUUCCACGCUCAAUCACACACAAAGAUGGAGAAGUACGCCGUCCCGAAUAAGUUGCCGGCGGAGGAGAUCAGCAUCCUGGCACAGCGCAAAGCCCGAAUCAAGCGCGAUGCCAACCAAUGGGUACGGAAGCCGUUGCCGGAGAACCGCAAGAAGAAAUUCUGCAAACCGGAGUUGUUUAUCGCCGAUUUCCGUAAGGCGGAACGAGACUCGAUGCGGGUGAAGAGGAAUUUCCUGAAAACCGGUAUUCAGUUGAAAAACGAAGCUAUCGAACACGGUCGGUUGAUUCUGGUAUUCCGUCAUCGGGGUAAGUUCAUUGCCAACAAGGAAGUGAUGCACAUCCUGGCCAAGCUGGGUCUGCCAUACAAACGGAGGGCUGUGCUGCUGAAGCUAACCGAGGGAGUUCAUGCGAUGCUGAAGAUGGUGGAACCGUGGGUGAUCUGGGGCUACCCGACCACUUCCACCGUCCGGGAGCUGAUCUACAAGUACGGGUUGUUCAAGCCGCAGCAAGGCGAGAAGGGACCGAAAAAGAUUCCGAUUACAUCGAACAAACAGGUGGAGGAAAAGUUUGGCCACCUGGGGAUAAUUUGCGUAGAAGAUCUGCUGCACGAGCUGCUGACGGUGGGGUCAAAUUUUGAGAAGGUAACGAAGAUCCUGCAUACAUUUGAACUGCGAUCGCCUGCCGAUGGUUGGAAGGCGGCCCGAAAGGGAAAGCUACGGACGCUGGGAGGAGAAGCCGGUUUCCGCGGAGACGACAUCAACGAGUUCUUCAAGCGAUUGAUGUGAGAGUGCGUGCGGUUCUUUCGUUAGAUAUGUAAGUUUUUCGUUUAAUUUUUAAAAUUAUAUUCCCCUUUGGUUCUGUAGAGAAGUCAAAUACAAUUUCCCU